AUGGUGGGUUUGCUUGGCUGGGUCUGCUUGCUGGGGCUAGCAUGCGGGACCAGCUUUGCCGCUGAUUCCGAGGCCAAGCAGUGGCUGCCCUAUGAGGUUGUCCUCAAUGCCAUAGGAGGGUACGGCAAUCCCUACAAGGAUGUCGAGGUUAACGUGACUUUUGUCCCGGCCGACACCGCCCGCCGGUAUCUCGUCAACGCCCGUGGCGAGCCAUUCUUCUGGCUCGGGGACACACAUUGGUCUGGUUUUAGUCUAGCAGAACAUACCCGGGAUAACAACGACCCAUUCUACAACGACUCGACCAGCAUGUUCCAAGAGAUCCUUACGCGUCGUGUAGCCCAAGGCUAUACCGUGUGGAAGGCCGAGUCCUUUGCCAACAACGACGAAGGUGUGGAUUGCGCCGGCUCGGCUUCCGACGGCAGUGUUACCCAUUGGCACACCUCAAGCACUUGGACCUCCCUCUGGGUGCGAGAAUGUCAGGCUCACAUCAAUCGUGCCCAAACGGUUGCAUUCCCAGGUGGCAACGCCCCGAUCAACCACGGAGGCCCUGCUUGGAUCAACAACACGUUUUUCAGCUUGCCGAACCCUGCCUUUUGGCAGGACAUUGACGAUCGCGUAGCCUUGGUCAACCAGGCAGGCUUGUUGGCUGCCCUAGCCGUGGGCAUCGGUCGCAGCAUGCCCACCAAUGCAACGCUGGCAGAUCACAUGCGUCUGUCCAAGUAUUUUUUUGCACGUUAUGCUGCGUUCAACACCGUUUGGCUCACUUGUCAAGAGUACUGCACCAGCACGGCCUGUCCUGACUGCUGGGCCACCAUCGCAGCCACCAUCUGGAGCAUGGACCCAUACCGCCGGCCUAACUCGAUGCAUAAUUGCGCCACCAAUCCCAUUGCCUACCAUGACCAGCCUUGGUAUUCUUUUGUCACCUUGCAGCUGGGUCAUGGCAGCCUGGCCUCGGUAGACCACUGGCUGGCCCAAUACAAUGCCACCCCGGCCCGGGCCAUCAUCGAGGACGAAGCCAACUAUGAGCUGCUUGUUCCCCCCUACCAGCCCGUGACGUCCGAGAUGACGCGCCAGACGGCCUGGCAAGCCGUCAUCGGCGGCUCCUUUGGCUACACAUAUGGCGGACAAGGACUCUGGUGGGGCUGCUGGAAUCGUACGUAUGUCAACGGCAACUGUGGUACCGUGGGUAGUUCAGCUUACAAGACAUGGAAUGAGACCCUCCACUUUCCCACCGGUGUAACGGCCCUCGGGCACUGGCGAGACUUUUGGAGUCAGCUACCGUGGUGGCAGUUGGCACCGGAUGGUCUUGUUGCCGAAUGGUCUGUGCUGGCCCCACGCUUUUCGCAAAAGCCCUAUCAAAAGAGUACGCCUGAUCGCAGUGUCGUUGUAGCCUAUCUGCCGCCCAGCCCCUGUGGGACAUACACCGGCAUGCUGCACCUGCCUGUGACCACGCCUGCGCCCUAUUCGGUGUUUUGGUUCAACGUCACUUCGGGAGAAUACCUGAGACUCAUGACCAACGUGAGCGGGAGUGUAGCGGUGCCCGAGGCCCCCUCCACCUCCGAUUGGGCUCUUCUGGCCACCACGAACGCCAGUCACAUCGACAUGGCACGCACCCAUGCAUAUGGACGGCAGGAUUCAGAGCACGAUUCGCGUUUUCACGCGCCAGCGGCCUCUUGGCAUCUGGUAGCAAAUGUCACGAGCUUAGGGACCCCGCGACAGGGCCCAGCGACUGUGGGCUUGAACUUUAGCCUGGACGAAGCGGCGACCGCAGUCGCGCUCGGGCGAUACAAGUUGCCAGACAACGGCGAUUGUCAUCAGCUUUCUCUCUAUGGGCCUGACGGCCGAACGCUCGUGGCGCAGGCUUACGUCAAUAUGGCCGCUGCUGCCGAUGCCAAUGGCUUUGUUUAUGCCGGCUUGGUCUCGCCCGUCCGGUUGCAACCAGGCGUUCCCUACUACUUGGUGGACAACAACAGCGGACCCGACAGCUUUGCCAACGACGACCAAACGCGCUUGGUACCGUCUACUGCGGGUUCCAUUAGCAGCUCAGUCUUUGGGGGUCCAGGCACCUUUCAGGCAGGUGGUGGGGGCCCCAACUCUGGCUAUGGUCCCGUGGACCUGGUCUUUGAGCUUGCAAGCUCACAGGUCCGCGCUAAGUAG